ACAGUCCGCGCACGGUCACGCUGUUUUUCGCACAAAGCAAAGUUUUUUUUGGACAAACGUUAAUCAAUAAAUCCCUUUCAGCGUUGUAAAGGACAGUUAGGGAGCCCAGAUCCGGGCAUUGCAGUCGGGCAGGAUAUUAUUGUGUUUCCGUCGAAAUCGGCGUUAGCCAGCGAGUUUCUUGUGCAAGGCGUGGGCACAGGCACAGGCAUAGGCGUUGUGGAUCAUCGCGGCUCCGAGCAAGGUGAAACAUGAAGAUGGCUGACGGCUCGACCAUAUUGCGUAGGAACCGGCCAGGCACCAAAUCCAAGGACUUCUGUCGCUGGCCCGAUGAGCCCCUGGAGGAGAUGGACAGCACGCUGGCGGUGCAGCAGUACAUCCAGCAACUGAUCAAGCGGGACCCGAGCAACGUGGAGCUCAUCCUGACCAUGCCCGAGGCCCAGGACGAGGGGGUAUGGAAGUACGAGCAUCUGCGCCAGUUCUGCAUGGAGCUGAAUGGCCUAGCCGUGCGUCUGCAGAAGGAGUGCUCGCCGUCCACAUGCACGCAGAUGACGGCCACCGACCAAUGGAUAUUCCUGUGCGCCGCCCACAAGACGCCCAAGGAGUGUCCGGCCAUCGACUAUACUCGCCACACGUUGGACGGGGCCGCCUGUCUGCUCAACAGCAACAAAUACUUUCCGAGCAGUGUCUCCUCCCACAGGGUGUCCAUCAAGGAGUCGUCGGUGACCAAGCUGGGCUCUGUGUGCCGGCGCGUGUAUCGCAUUUUCUCGCACGCCUACUUUCACCAUCGUCGUAUUUUCGACGAGUUCGAGACCGAAACGUAUCUAUGCCACCGAUUUACGCAUUUCGUGACCAAAUACAGUCUGAUGUCGAAGGAGAAUCUGAUCGUGCCUAUCAACGUGGGCGAGAACGCGGCACCCGGCGAGAGCGAAGCCUAGGAUCAGUCAUCAGUUGGCAUGGAUAACUCCAGCAUAGUCGCGCCCAUUCAACACACACAUUUAUUUAUAUUUACCAAAUUAGCUUACAGAUUUGUUUAUUGGCUCACCCCGACAGAAGAGACACGGACAGAGCGAACCCAACUCAAAUACAAAAGCAGAUCUUGUAUGUUUAGAUGCUACGCAAGGCAGAUCCAGAUAGACGGCCCUCUUCAUCCCGCUCGCCUAGAUCUGGUCUUAAGUCCGCUAUUAUUCCGUAAAGUUAUAUUACGAUUAUGUUUAAUUCUUAAUUUAAAAUAAAUUAUAUGUAGACAGACUCACGACUUUUGUGGCCGAACUCAGACCAGUACCCCCAGACCCAAAACCCUACCCCCUGACGACUUGCAGCCAAAACAACACCAACAAAGCUGUACGUGACUAAAACGUGAACUUUACUAUACACAAAUUACUAUACAUAUAUACAAAUGAAAAUUGCAAUAAAACAAGUACAUACACACGAUAA